UUCUAACUUCUAUUUUUAAACAUUGUAUACACUUUCUGUUUUUUUAAAUAUAUAAUUAGUAAAAAAUUUUCUCCUCUUGUGUUUAUCGUGUUUUUAACAAAAUUUAAGGUUAAGUUUCGCACUGUCGGUGAGGUUGGUGCUUAUACCAUUGGCCGGCAAGUAUAACUCCUGACGUCCUGACCUAACCUUUAAAUAACCAUUUAAAGGGAAAAUCAGUCAAACGAUUUAAACUUCAAAAUUGUUCAAAAUAAAAGUAUUAAAAUGUAUUAAUAAUUAAUAUUAUUAUUAAUAUUAUUGAAAAAUAAUGGGAAAACCAAAGGAUUUAAGUACUGAUGAAGAUCUUAAUGCAGAUCCUAGUCUCGUAUUGUUACAAAAGAAGCACAAAAAACAUAAACAUAAGAAACAUAAAAAGAAGAAAUUAUCAAUGGACAAUACUUCAUUUUUGGAUAUAAAUGUGGAUUUGGAGAAGAAGAAACCCUUUAAAGUGAAAAAGAAGGAGGACGAAAAAAGCGUCGAUAAAUUACGUGAAAAGGCAAAAAUGCCCACGUUAAAUAUUGCCGGUCCAAGUACAUCGACAUCACCAAAAGUGCCAACAAAAAAGAAAGUGCCAAGAAACAAUAAAGGAAAGGACAGUGGCACUAGCAGUGAAGAAGAAAGAUGGCUAGAUGCGAUUGAAUCCGGUAAAUUAGAAGAGGUGGAUGAUGAACUUAAGAAAAUAAAGCCAAAAGAUCCAAAAUUGAUGACAGCUCGUCAACGAGCAAUGUUCGAGAGAAAAACAGACGCAGAACCAAAUUCCAGUGUUGAACAACUUGUAUCCCUACCAACGGGUUACAAGGAAAAAGUAAUGACUGCCGAGGCAAUACAAAAAGCUGCACUGAAAUCAUUAAAACGUAAACAAUUGGCUGAUGAAAAACGAGAGAAAGAUAAGAAAAAAACAAUGGAGCGACUUUUAAAGAAACAAGAGUCAAAGGCGUCAAAAAUUAUCGGCAAAGGUAAACCGUCCAGGCGUCAAGUUCCAUUAGUCACCUAUAGAUUGACUCUAGAAGGAAGUUCAAUAUCAAUGCCAUUGGGAGAAGAUUUUCCUCUACAUCAAAUGAAGGAAUCGGAACCACCUCCAAUCGUCACUUGUGGAAUGCCUCAUUGUACAAAAAUUAAAAAAUAUUCAUGCUCGAAGACUGGAAUUCCAUUGUGCAGUUUGCAGUGUUACAAAUCAAACUUAAUAGCAAUAUUAUCGUAGAAUUUAAGUAAAUGAACGUCGAAUUUAUUAUUUAUUGUUAUGAUAAUACUCUAUGUUUAAUAUUAAGUUACACAUGAAUAAACUAUUUCUUUAAAGAAA